AUGUUACAAAGUUUGCAAGGAGGCGCCUCAAGUAGAAGGCUUUCUAUAAGCGAGAUGAAUGAUCCUUAUUCUACUCCUGACAUCUACUAUGGCCCGUCUACUGACCCUAGGAAGCAAAAAACACCGAAUAAGUUCACUAGAACACGUACUAUGAGCAUUAUCGAUAAUGUUUCUAACUUUAAGUUGGGUCACAAUAAACACGGCAUCAGAAGGAGAGGUUCCGAGGAUGACUCCAUGAUGUCAAGUUCAGGGCAUAGGAAGUUCUUCAUUAAGGAUGUGGAUAGGACUUUGGAGAACUUGCUAGAGACCGAGGACACUGAUCGUAACUAUCAAAUCACGAUAGAGGAUACUGGUCCGAAGAUGAUUAGUGUUGGUACGGCAAAUUCUAAUGGUUAUAGGCAUGUUCAGAUUCGUGGUACAUACAUGCUAUCUAACCUUUUGCAGGAGUUAACUAUAGCUAAGAACUUUGGUCGUAAGCAAGUUAUAUUGGAUGAGGCUCGGUUGAACGAGGAUCCCGUUAACAGGUUGACUAGACUUAUCAACACUAUGUUUUGGGAUUCUUUGACGCGGCGUAUUGACUACAAUAGUAUCGCUAUUAUAGCUGCAGAUACUAAGGUUGAUACACCAGGUGCUAAAGUACCACGUGUAUAUGUUCCCCAUGGCUGUGAGGAACAGUACGAAUUUUAUAUUGAAUGUUCUCAGUUGCAUCCAAGCUUGAACUUGGAGGUGAAAUAUUUGCCUAAGGAAAUCACGGCAGAGCAUGUGAAGUCCUUAAAUGAAAACCCUGGUUUGCUUGCCUUAGCUAUGGAACGCCAUAUUGAUCCUCUGACUGGCGAAAGUAGCCUUGUUGGAUAUCCAUAUGCUGUUCCAGGGGGUAGGUUUAACGAGUUGUAUGGUUGGGACUCUUAUUUGAUGGCGUUGGGUUUACUUGAAUGUAAUAAAACUGAUGUUGCUCGUGGUAUGGUUGAGCACUUCAUUUUUGAAAUUGAUAACUACGGAAAGAUUUUGAACGCCAACCGUAGUUACUAUUUAUGUAGGUCACAACCGCCAUUUUUGACGGAUAUGGCCUUAAAAGUGUUUGAUAAAAUAGGUGGAGACCAAAAUCCAGCCGCUAUUGAUUUCUUGAAGCGGGCUUUACUUGCUGCUGUCAAAGAGUAUAAAACGGUAUGGAUGGCUGAGCCAAGAUACGAUAAAGAAUCUGGAUUGUCAUGUUAUCGUCCUGACGGUAUUGGUUUUCCACCGGAGACUGAAGCUGAUCAUUUUGAUGCAAUUUGUAGGAAAUUUGCAAAGAAGUACAACACCAUAAUUCCAGAAUUUCGCAAAAUGUAUGACUCAGGACAGGUUAGUGAACCAGAAUUGGAUGAGUUUUUUUUACAUGAUCGUGCUGUCAGGGAAAGUGGACAUGACACCACUUAUAGAUUUGAAGGUGUCUGUGCAUAUUUGGGCACCAUUGAUUUGAAUUCUUUACUAUACAAAUAUGAAAAGGAUAUUGCAAUGAUUGUUGCCAAUUACUUUGAUGAUCAAGUUGUGGAUUUCUCAGGUGAGAAAACAGACUCUUCUUAUUGGGAAAAUCUUGCGGAAUUACGGAAAGAACGGAUAACUAAAUACAUGUGGGAUGAUGAAACUGGAUUCUUCUACGACUACAACGUUGUCACAAAAAAAAGGACAGACUACGAGUCUGCGACAACAUUUUGGGCAAUGUGGGCAGGUCUUGCUACACAAGAGCAGGCUAACAGUAUGGUUUUGAAAGCAUUGCCUAGGUUGGAGAUGUUAGGGGGGUUAGUAGCCUGUACAGAAGAAUCUAGAGGUGAAAUUACAAUUGAUAGGCCAACUAGACAAUGGGAUUAUCCUUAUGGAUGGGCCCCACAUCAAAUAAUGGCAUGGGCUGGCUUAGAUAAUUAUGGUUUUACAGGUGCUUCUAGGAGGUUGGCCUACAGAUGGUUAUAUUUAAUGACAAAAGCAUUUGUGGAUUAUAAUGGUAUCGUAGUUGAGAAAUAUGACGUUACCAGAGGAACAGAUCCCCACCGGGUGGAUGCAGAGUAUGGAAACCAAGGAGCUGAUUUUAAGGGUGUUGCUACAGAAGGCUUUGGCUGGGUUAAUUCAAGUUACAUAUUGGGAUUGAAGUACAUGAAUGCGUAUGCCAAGCGCGCUUUAGCUACAUGUACGGUACCUGAUGUGUUCUUCAAAAGUAUAAGAGCGGAUGAAAAAGCAAGAUACGGUCUCUGUUAA